GGUUUUUUUUUUUUUUUUUUUUUUUACAAUUUCGGUGAGAUUGAGAGGUUAAUCUCCACCCACUUUUGCAUUUUUCUUCUUCAGUGUUGUUUUCUGCGGUUGAAAAAUAUAUUUUAGCAAGCUUCGAUCUUUGAUCCAUUUGAGCUGUUUCAAAGCAGAAUCUAUUUCUAAAUUUUUGGGGGGAUUUGUGGCUGUAAAAAUGGAAGAGAAAGGUGGAAUCAGUCCAAGUGGGGUCAUCACAGUCAAGGGAGAUGAAGAAGCAACAGAGUUUCAACAAAACCCUAGCUUUCUUCAGUCCGUGGGACCUACGACUGUGGUGUCACCUUCCCCGCCUCCGCCUCCGCCUCCACCUCCAACCUCCGUGACUCCUGUCUCAGCUGCCGCAGCUCCACCGCCGUUGAUCUCCAGCGCAGGGUCAGAUCUGACGAAGAAGAAGAGAGGAAGGCCGAGGAAAUACGCUCCAGACGGAAGUCUGAGCCCUAGGUAUCUGAGACCAACACUCUCUCCGACUCCAAUCUCAACUUCGAUUCCAUUCUCUGGAGAUUAUAAUCACUGGAAACGAGGAAAAGCUCAGCAGUAUCAACCUGUUGAACUCAUCAAGAAACCUCACAAGUUUGAGUAUGGAAGCAGCCCAGCUCCUCCUCCUCCUCUUGGACUCUCAUGCUAUGUGGGUGCAAAUUUUACAACACAUCAGUUUACUGUCAAUGCCGGCGAGGAUGUAAUGAUGAAAGUUAUGCCGUAUUCGCAAGGAUCUCGAGCUAUAUGCAUUCUUUCUGCAACUGGUUCCAUCUCCAAUGUCACACUUCGUCAAGCUGCCACUUCAGGCGGCACGCUUACAUAUGAGGGUCUUUUUGAGAUACUUUCUCUAUCGGGUUCUUUUAUGCCUACUGAAAACAGAGGAACCAGAGGUCGGUCCGGUGGUAUGAGCAUUUCUUUAGCCGGACCAAAUGGCAAAAUCUUCGGCGGUGGUCUUGCCGGUAUGCUCAUAGCAGCCAGUCCUGUCCAGGUGAUAAUGGGAAGUUUCGUUGUGAUGAAUCAAGCAGCGCAAACGCAGAAUAAGAAACCUCGAAUCAUGGAGGCUUCUCCUCCACCACAACCACCACCACAACAACAACAACAUCCUACUUUCAACAUAACCAACGUGAAUUCUACUUCUCCGGUGGUGGCCACCAUAGAUGAUCCAAAACAACAAACUGACGGUGGUGGUGGUAUGAUGAGACCAGUGGCUCAAACUCCUUUUCACAACGACAAUUCAGCUAUGAACAAUUUCACAACGACCUAUCAUGGAUACGGGAAUGUGAACACUAGUACUAACAAAGAAGAAGCUGACUAUGCCGAUGGUGGUGAUGAUGAUCAGCCUGAUGAUGAUUCCUGCGAUACGAGGAGCCUGUCUAAUGGUGGUUGAGCUAUUCUCCGAUUUUCUUGUGUGGAAAGUAAGGAACCUUUAUGGCCAAAAAAUGAUUAAGCUAGUCUUUUAUUGCUUUGUAUUUGUUUUUGUGAUCGGUUUUAGCUUCAUUAUGUUGAAAUUAUCGAUUGAUAUUGUUUUA